GAAGGGGGCGGGACCGGCAUGGCGGCCAAGAUUUUGAAGUAUGCAGCACUUCCUGCUGCUGUAGUGGGCGUGGGCUCCUUUAGAAUUUAUUCUGUUGGUGAUAGAAAAAGCGAGGGGCUAAUUUCUCCAAAAGAGCUGUCUAUCUACUCAGAUCAUCAUGCUGUUCAGUUUGUGGAAGAACGUUCUGGUCUGGUGCAAACGGGGCUGGGGGCUUUAAGGGUGGGCCUGCAGCCGUAUGUCAGAGCAGUGCAGAAUGGCCUCGCUUCAGUCAAGAUUGGAGUCAUAUCUGCUUACCAGGCAGGGGAAGACACAUAUCACUUCCUUCGAGAUCCACCACCUGGUUUUCUGCCUAGAGUUGGCAUCAUAACUGUGUCCGGAUUGGGUGGCCUCAUUCUGGCCCGCAAGGGUUCUCGUUUGAAGAAGAUUCUCUUUCCUUUUGGUCUGGCUACACUCGGUACUGCAGUGUGUUACCCCAUACAAACUGUUGGAGUCCUGAAGAUCACUGGUAAGAAGUUGUACAAUGUUAGCUCAUCUGUUGCCUCAAUGUUUCAAUCUAAACCAAAGGAAGAGAUCAUCAUGCCUGCUGGUAGCAUGGAGUCUGCUGCUCCUGUAACAAUCCCAGAUCCAGUUUCACUCACACCUGAGUCUGAACUGGCCCCUGUCAUUCCAGCUGAGGAAGUGACAUCACUGCCAGAAGUUGUCCCAGCAGUGGAGUUUGUAUCUGAAAUUGCUGCAUCACCUACUGAACCUGAAACUGCCCCUGAGCUUGUGGAGAAAGCUAUAGAAACCGUACCUGAACCACCUGUUCCAGAGCCUGUGGUCGAAACUGUUUCAGAGAUAACGCCUGCAGACAAUCUUGUAGACACUGCUUCUGAAUCUGCUCACGAGCCAACAUCCACUGAAACUGAUCUUACUUUAGAUGUUUCACAAGCCACCCCUUCUAGCACAGAACUUGAGGCCCCUGCACCAGGUCCCGCCACACUCUCAGAAGAAAUUAUACCCAGUGAGCAAGCAUCCGCCGCCCCACCACCGGCCGACCAAGCAACUACGGAAGAGGUUCCACCUCCAGUUCAUGAGGCCACACCCCCUUCUCCAGCAGUUGAAGCACCUCCCUCAUCUGAAUCUCCGGUACAACAGGUCAAUGUUGAGCCAACAGCUGUGAAGUCACGCUUUGUUCCUGACCCAUCUCUAGUCGACCACGGCCAGGCCAAUCCCGAGGACGCAGACAUGUACAGUACACGAAGCUGAACGAGUGACACCGGUUAACUGCAGCACAGAGAAAGAUGGAGGAUAUAUUCUGUGAUGUUUUAAUGUGCCAUGAUUCCAGCACUGUUUGAUAGUUUUGUGAUUCAGAUAUUCAUGUUUUAUCAAUGAUCCAGGUCGUGUUUGUCUUGAUGUCUGACUCUUACCUCAGCUGCAGAGAUCACACACGUGCACAGCCACAUUUGUGUAGAAACCUACAUUGUAGUUAAACCUCUUUCUAAGAAAGACACUACAGAAAGAUAUUAUCUCAGUUAGUUCCCAGGGUUCAUUUAAUAUAAAUUUAUUGUGUCAUCUUAAGGUUUACUAUUCUGACCUUUACUUCCGGAUAUAACAGAAAAUUGCUUUGUACUCAUUUUUACUGUGAAAAUUACAUUGAAAACUGGACCACAAAUAAAAAGUAUUGGUUGAGCAAUAACAUUUGAAAUAUACAUGUAUUUUCUACAAUACAUUUUACUGGUGUAAUGUGUCAAGCCUCAUCUAGGAGAUGUUUUAAUCAGGCUUUGUUUAUUUGAUCAUUGAACAUGUUUUCUAUCCAUUAUGAAAUGUUCAUACUCUCCAGAGUUCAGACACAUUUAUCAAAUAUGGAAUGCUUAGACUAUCCAGCAGUUUUGGAUGCUUUUCAGAUCGCAGUAUUUCAGAGGGCACUAACUGGGAACAGUGCAUCUGUUUAAUUAUUUAAAUGUUUCAGUUGUUCUCUCUUCAUGUCUUUAUGGCCUACCACUGCUUUGUGAAAUAGAGAAAUGCCAGGUGAUGAUAAUAAAGAUUUCUAACACG